AUGGACGAUACCAUAGGAGUACCUAUCUCACGUUUUACACUUGUUGACAGUAAAAAAAAGUUAAAAAUUUUAACAAAAAAUGUUUUCUGGAAAGCACCAAAAUUGUUGAUCUUGAUCCAGAUUUGCAACACAGUCAGAGAGUUGCCAGAAAGCAAAUUUUUAAAAGCGUUCGCCUGGUUGAAGGAUGUCGAGGCUAAGGCAAAAGAUGGGUCAUGGGAAAAAGUUCUUUUUUGCAAGACAUUCCUUCAGUUGUUGAGAUUGAGGCUGUUGAAGAUGACGUAUCAAGCAGCAGUGAACAGGAGAAUGUUGCAGAUCAUGUGGCCAGUGGCAGUCAACCAACUCUCAUGGGUUUUAUCUGAAGAAACAGCCAAAAACUAUGUUCAAACGGAUUGCAUAGCAUCAAUUAACGACGUUAAAGAAAUAAUUGGUCCAAGAUGCACAGAUGACCGUGCUAAUAUGUCCACCUUGAAACAAGAGACAACCCAACUCGAACUUCUUGGGUGCAGUGUGAUGGCUGCAUAA